AUGGCGAUAAUCUCUGACAUCCAAGAAGACCAAAACGAAAACCAAGUAAAGGUUCCUUCUUCCCAGCCAUCAUUGGUAGAGGUUAAGGCAGAAGAGAAGAGGGUGAAGGAGGAAGACAAAGGGAAGAAGAGUGGCUUGAAAGUUCCAAACAAAGGGAAUGGUCUUGAUUUGGAGAAAUACUCAUGGACGCAGAGCCUGCAGGAGGUUAACGUACUGAUUCCAGUGCCUGCUGGAACUAAUAAAAGGGAUGUUCUAUACGAGGUGAAGACAAACCAUCUCAAGUUUGGACUCAAAGGGCAGCCUCCUAUAAUUGAUGGUUACCUCUUUCAGUCAAUCAAGCCUGAUGAUUGUUUGUGGAGCAUAGAGGAUCAGACUGCUGUCUCCAUUCCUUUGACCAAGAAGAACCAACAGGACUGGUGGAAGUCUUUAGUGAAAGGUGAUCCCGAAAUAGACACUCAAAAGGUUGAACCUGAACCCAGCAAACUAUCCGACCUGGAUUCUGAAACACGUCAGACUGUGGAGAAGAUGAUGUUUGAUCAGAGACAGAAGCAUAGGGGACUUCCAACUAGUGAUGAGCUGCAGAAGCAGGAGCUGUUGAAGAAGUUCAUGGCUCAGCACCCGGACAUGGACUUUUCAAAUGCUAUGAUGAUGCAAUAA